UGCUAAGUGCGGGUGCUGCAGAACUAAUAUACAUAAGUUAUUGAUUAUUUGAGUGACAAAUCGGUGGACGGAAGAAACCAGAAUACCAAAGUCGCCAUGGACAUGCAAGCGCAGCGCCCUAUUACGUCCGGCAGCAGACAGGCCCCGGAUCCGUACGAUCAGUACUUGGAAAGCCGCGGUCUCUACCGGAAGCACACGGCCCGGGACGCCUCCAGUUUGUUUCGGGUGAUCGCCGAGCAGAUGUACGACACCCAGAUGUUGCACUAUGAAAUUCGACUGGAAUGCGUCCGGUUCAUGACCCUAAAACGACGCAUAUUCGAGAAGGACAUCCCAGGUGAUUUUGAUAGCUACAUGCAGGACAUGUCCAAGCCCAAGACCUAUGGAACCAUGACAGAACUGCGCGCUAUGUCCUGCCUGUAUCGACGCAAUGUGAUUCUGUAUGAGCCCUACAACAUGGGAACCAGUGUGAUUUUCAAUCGACGCUAUCCGGAAAACUUUCGGGUCUUUUUUAACAACGAGAAUCACUUUGAUUCGGUCUUUGAAGUAAACUAUAUAGAAACUGCCGCGAUUUGUCAAUCGAUCAGCUUUAAGUUGCUAUACCAGCAGCUGUUCAAACUGCCCGACGUAUCGUUCGCCGUGGAGAUCAUGUUGCAUCCACACUCUUUCGAUUGGGAUAAGUCCGAUGUGCAGUUCAAUGACCAGGGCUAUAUGAUUGGCAUUCAGUGCUCCGAUGGUCACACUUUCGCGCUUGAUCUGCCGGAGAACACCAACUGCAUUUUGGAGAAUUUUAUGCUGUGCAAUUUCCACAGCACCUGUGGCAUUCAGAGCAAUAAUAGUCGAAAGACAAGCCGACGGGAAUCGAAACAACAGGAGGAUCGGAAACUACCUGGCACUGGUGGCCACGAAUCAAACGAUCAUCUGCCCAUGUGUCCCAACCGAUUGGAGUCCUGUGUGCGCCAACUUUUGUAUGAUGGCAUCACACCGUUUCCCUACAAGGUGGCCAAGUCAAUGGACCCGUUUAUGUAUCGGAAUAUCGAAUUUGAUUGCUGGAACGAUAUGCGCAAGGAGGCCAAGCGUUAUAAUGUCUACGUCAAUGACUAUAACUUUAAGGUUGGCGCAAAGUGCAAGGUGGAAUUGGAGUACGAAUCGGAGAUGUACACGUGCCACAUUCAAAGCAUCUCCAAAGACAAGACCACCUGCGUCGUCUUUGCCGAGAUGUUAGGCCAAAAGCUAUGGGUUCCCUACGAGUCGCUGCAUCCCUUGCCGCCAGAAGAGUACCGUCCGUGGGCGUUGCCCUACCGCUAUCAGCGCCAGAUGAAUCGAGUCCAUUUGCCCAAGUUUGUCGGCAAAGCCAACAAGAUUUCGAAAUGGAAGAAGAACAAGGUGUUCGAAAUGGGGCAAUACUUUGAGCCCAGCAAGUGUGAUUUGAUGCCGAUGCAGGGCUACAUACCCUUGGAGAAUUGCUAUCAAGAGGCCCACCACCAGGAGGAGCAGCAGGCCGAUCAUCGGGAUCCUGAUCAGCAAAACCAGAAUCCGGUUGAGGAGCAGACGGAUUUGGAGGAGCAGCCACAGAAACAGCAGCAGCAGCAGCAGCAGCAGCAGCAGCGUUCAAAGGAACAGAGGGCUCAGGGACAGAAAUCGAAUUCCAACCAAAACCAAGAGACUGCAGUUUCAGCUGCUCCACCGCCCGCUCAAUAUAUGAACUAUUUGCCCCUGUUGGCGGGUCGCCCCAGUCAGGCUCCUCCACCGUGGCCCUCGUCUCCGCUGGCGCUUUCCGAGGAGUUUCAAUUUCCCAUGCCGGGAACACCGCAUCCCCCGUCAGCCGAGGGCUGUGUUUACAUGCCCUUCGGUGGUUAUGGUCCGCCACCACCGGGAGCUCUUGCCAUGCCGGGUGCACACCCCUUUAUGCCUCUUCCUCCGCCACCGCUAAAUGUUGCCGGGGUCGGAGAACCACGUCGUUCCCUGCACCUGAACGGUGAGGAUUUGCCAGUGGAUGUGAGCACUUUGAGAUACUUCUACAACAUGGGCGUGGACAUGCAUUGGCGUAUGGCCCAUCAAGCGCCGCCUGAGGAUCUAUCGAUAAUGGCAUACAAUCAUCAGAACAACACGGACCAACAGCCGGGAAGAGGCGGCGGCACCGGAGAGGACCUUUUGGCGGCCGAGGCCACUCCGCCUUCUUCGCCAGAGGCGGCAAAUGCUGCGGAGCAGCAGUCGCCGCCGCUCGAGAAAGCCGCCUACUCCAAGCGCACUAUGAUUAUGGGCAAAGGUCGCGGUAAACGCCCGGAGCAGCUGCAUGACCUAAAGGAUCAGUUGGGGCCAGCGGCCUUUCUGCCCACGCCCACCCCCUCGCCCAGCUCGAAUGGCAGUCAAUUUAGUUUCUACACAUCGCCCCCUCCGCAUCAUUUGAUGUCGCCGCCGCGGCUGCUCCAACCGCCGCCGCCGCCGAUAUUUUUCCACAAAGCGGGACCGCCUCAGUUACCAGGAACAACACCAGGACAGAAUCCCUAUGCCUGGGGCAUUGGAGCUCCUCUUGUGGCCCCCUACGAGGUGAUCAACAACUUUAACAUGGAGCCGCUGGCACAGCCGCAGCCUCAGCAACAGCGACAGCAGGCACCGGUGCCCAUGCCUAUCCAAUCCCAGCCAGCAGCCGUCUAUGCUGCACCGCGUCAUCACUAAAAACGGGGAAAAUAUCAGAUCAUUUCAAAGAGAGAGAGGGAGAGGCCUUACCCAUCGAGUGCAUUCCAUUUCAUUCACUUCCAACCAACGACUUUUAAAAUUUAAUCGCACUUUUAAAUUUGUAGUCAACUUUUUAUAUGCCACCUGCUCCUCCAUUUACCACUCAGCUUCUGUACAACUAUCGAUUGCAUAACUUAACGCAAAUGUCAACUUAACUUCAUUUUAAACUUGUAAUUCAACGUAAUUUUAUGCGAUUUUUUUUAACGCUUGCUCUAAAGUCGGUAAAGGUGUAGCCUGCAAGAAACCCAAGAACAACCUAUUUAUAUGAUUUAUUUAAAAACCUUACAACUAACACUUACUCUAUAUAUAUACUCCUAUAUAUUUAUAAACUCGCUGAUCGGCUUGAGACUCACCCAUGUAAAGUGUUCCAGAAAAUUAACCAUAAAUAAAACAAGAUUCGAGUGUAACGCAAAGACAAAAUACGCGAAAGACUUGCAAGUGCUGCAUUUAAGUACGUGGUAUUCUCGUCUUUCGGCGCGAUUUCAGAUUG